GUCGCUACGCAAGUCUGUCAGAGUCCUCCGCUGUUUGUAUUAGUCUUCAGUUGGACGCCUUCAACAAUCUAGUAGCGAUGUGCAUGUAAACAGAAAACAGACGCCAGGACGUGUCGGUGAAGUCGCUGUUGAAUGCUGUACGCGGACGAUGCGCUGUCGUUAAAGAUCUCGCGUCAUGAGCGCGGCAGUGAGCGGUGCGUUCAGCUGUCACAGCUGAAACUAGUACACGCAAACACUGGGAAUACUUCUAAACACAACUUAACGGCACGGUUUAGGUUCAUUUGCUCCGUUUUGUCCAUUGGAUUACUAGUGACCAGCAGUAGAGAUAACUGUCACAACUGGAUGUCGUAAUCACGGUUCAUCAAAUGAUCCAGGUAUGGAAACUAAAAGCUACCAAAGUUUCUGCGAAGGGGCAAAGCCAGAAAACAAACUUGCACAGAUGCCGAACACCAUGGAGUACUGCUGUUCUGCAGAAGAGAAUUUGACAAACAGUGAGAUGCUCAUGGAUAUUGUUAACUCGAGCAAUGCCACUAACAUGCCAUCCGUCUGCAAGGACAACAACUUUAAACCUACAGAGACAACAAUGCUUAGAGUUAACCAGAAUCAACCAUUACUAUUUCCCUCCUUAACCAACUCCUUCCACAACCGUAAGUCAGAAACAGACUCAAAGGAGCUCUCCAAAACUGUUGCCGAGUCUAUGGGCUUGUACAUGAAUGCUGCCAGGGAAGCAGACUUUGGCUUUGCCCAACAAGGGACUGCAGGAGGGCAGGGUAGCCCACAGAAACUGUAUCCUCUUUGUGGGAGAGCAAAUGAAGACAGGCAGUCCAGAACGACUGGGAGCCCAAAGAUGAAAACUCUCCCAGCUUCAUUCCCAUCUGGGGCCCAGCUACCCAAUGGUGGUCCUAAGGAGUGUGCUGUGGCCAACACUCUUUCAUGCAGCACUGAUGGGUCUGGACCCAUGUCCAGUCCUACUGGACACAACAUGGUGUCGUCGACUACCAGCCCCACCUUCUUUGACUCUGAUUGUCCGUCGCUGGCUUUUGCCCACACCAACUUAUUCCAAGGUCAACACACUAGCCCUAACACCUGUAGCCCUGUAAAGUCCAGCAUAGUGGGGUCACCUCCACUAGCUAGUCCACUAAGUGUAAUGAAGUCUCCAGUUUCCAGCCCUCAUAGUAUAGGUAGUGUGAGCUCACCGCUUUCCUGUAACACCAAUAUGAGAUCAUCCGUCUCAAGCCCAACAACAAAUGGAGGCAAUACUUGUAACAUUAGACCAUCCAUCUCCAGUCCGCCCACCGUUGGCAGUAUGACCAUGUCCAGUCCCAGGAACUCAUCCAGGGGCUUCUCGGUCUCUAGCCCUCCAAGUGGAUUGGGCCUAGUGCAAAAUGAUGUCAACAGCCCUGAGAGCCGAGAGCAUGACUUCAAGGGAUUUGAGUUCCCGAAGGUAGAGAAUGUGGAUGGGGAAAUAUUAAACAUCGGCUUGGAUGCAAUGGGAGUGGCCAAAUAUAUAAAAAACGAACCUGGCACUGAUUACAGGAGUAUGUGCCUAGGCAGCAGCAAGAACGCCAUGCCAGAUUCUCCUUUCAUAACUCACAUAAAAACAGAGCCAAACAGAGAGGUGACAUGUUCGAACCUCCAGUUUGUGGAGUCGCAGCAUUCUCUAGGCUGCUUUCCUUCUACAGAGACCACAUACUUGUCACUGAGGGAUAAUAUUGAUGAAUAUAGUCUUUCUGGGAUCUUGGGACCUCCUGUUUUGUCUCUGAAUGGCGACUAUGAACCUGGUGUGUUUCCUAACAAUGGCCUGCCCAAGGGGAUUAAACAGGAAGCCAAUGAUGGCAGCUAUUACCAAGAAAAUAAUAAUGUGCCCAUGUCAGCUAUUGUUGGCGUUAAUUCAGGUGGACAUUCAUUUCAUUACCAGAUUGGAGCGCAAGGAACAAUGUCGUUUUCACGCCGUAAUCUGAGGGACCAGACAAACCCCUUGUUGAAUCUAAUUUCUCCAGUUACUGGAUUAAUGGAGACAUGGAAAACUCGCCCAGACCUGUCACAGGGGCCUCUCUCUGCCAGAGGGGAUUGCUAUCCGGGCUCAGUCUGCCUUACAGAAAACAUGGAAAGUGCGUCUUUGAGACACGCAUCAUCAACAGCCAAAGUGUGUCUGGUGUGUGGAGACGAAGCGUCAGGAUGUCACUACGGGGUUGUUACGUGUGGAAGCUGUAAAGUUUUCUUCAAAAGAGCAGUAGAAGGUCAGCACAACUACCUUUGCGCUGGGAGGAAUGACUGUAUCAUUGACAAGAUUCGGAGGAAAAACUGUCCAGCCUGCAGAGUACGGAAGUGUCUUCAAGCGGGGAUGAAUCUGGGGGCACGGAAGUCGAAGAAGUUGGGGAAGAUGAAGAGUGUUAGCGAGGAUUCUUCCCUGCAGAACUCAAAGGACGGGCCUCUGUUUCUGACCUCGGAGAAAGAGUUGAGCUCGGCCAGCGCUCUUGUCCCCCACGUCCCCACCGUAGCACCGUAUCUGUCCCCGUCCGUGUGUAGCGUCCUGGAGCUCAUCGAGCCUGAAAUGGUGUUCGCUGGCUAUGACAAUACACAGCCUGACACAACCGACCACCUGCUCACCAGCCUCAACCACCUGGCCGGAAAACAGAUGAUCCGAGUCGUCAAGUGGGCCAAAGUACUUCCAGGUUUCCGCAGUCUACCCAUCGAGGACCAAAUCACGCUGAUCCAGUAUUCCUGGAUGUGUCUCUCCUCCUUCUCCCUCAGCUGGAGAUCCUACAAACACACCAACGCCCAAAUGCUCUACUUCGCCCCUGACCUCGUCUUCAACGAGGAACGUAUGCAGCAGUCAGCCAUGUACGAUCUGUGUGUGGGCAUGCGGCAGGUGAGCCAGGAGUUUGUCCGUCUACAGCUAACUUUUGAGGAGUUCCUUGCCAUGAAGGUCCUGUUGCUGCUCAGCACAGUGCCCAAAGAUGGUCUGAAGAAUCAAGGGGCGUUUGAGGAGAUGCGGGUGAAUUACAUCAAGGAGCUCCGCCGAUCAGUUGGGAAAGCCACUAACAAUUCCGGCCAGACGUGGCAGCGUUUUUUCCAGCUCACCAAGCUUUUGGACACAAUGCAUGAACUCGUGGGGAGCCUGUUGGACUUUUGUUUCUAUACUUUCCGUGAAUCCCAGGCUCUGAAGGUCGAGUUCCCCGAGAUGUUGGUGGAAAUUAUCAGCGACCAGAUACCAAAGGUGGAAUCGGGCCUAACACACACCCUCUUCUUUCAUAAGAAAUGACUGAAAGCUCACAAAAGGAGGGAAAAAUGAAGGAUCAAAUGAGAGGAAACGCAGAGGACACCCAGCCCUCAAGAGAGCGGACAAGAGCAAGCCCGCUAUGCACAAAGCAAGGCGUAACAAGAGGCUUGGUUUAAAGCCAUAUAAGGCUUGUGUAGUGAGGGAAGGCAAAGAGCGAUCUCUGUACCCGGCCAACAGAGAAGAACUCAUACUUCAUGUGACAGUGCGUUCCUUAACCCCAAAGACAAUGCUGACAGCGUUCUGUGUGGAUAUGAAGCCAUAUUCUUUGGUAAAGCUAUAGUGCAUAGUCACAUGUGAAUACAUGACACACACAGAAAUAUGGUCCCACAUACUAGACAUAUCUUUGACUCCCAGACCUGUCAGUCUGCCAGUAAACACCAUUAAGCAUUUGUAUGUAACUAUCCUACAAUCUGGCACUCAUAAAAUCCAAGGCAAAAUUCAGUAAUAAAACUGCUUUUCAUUGCUGAUCAAGACAGAAGUAUGUCCUACAUCAAUUUCAUGAAAAGUCGAUUAAAUUAGGGGGACUGCAAAGAGGAAAUAAGAUAUAUUAAGGGCUACAAUAUGUUAAAUAUAGCUAAUUUGUGUCUAAUUGGUGCACAGAAGUAAUUGUAGAAAGAAUCAAUUUGAAAUCUAUCUAUAAAUAUGGCAUAGACGUGUAUUUUGAUGACUUGAAGUGUUUACAUAGUGAGAUGCAGUGCUGUGAUGGCCUGAUGAUUGAUAAGCUGAAAAAUGGCAGCUCCAAAAAUAUAAAAAAAAAUAAAA